UUGCAGCGGCGCGAAAUGCUAUUGUCGACUGCUUUAAAGACAAAAAGAUCAAAUUUUCCUUUCCUUGCUAAACAGUUGGCUACUGUUUCGGCUACCGCUGUAUCUGCCGUUGCACGCCGUCUUGCUUUGGGUGAACCGGUGUCGUUCAGGAAUUCUGAGGAGCAGUUAGUGUCUAAACUGAUGGAGCAGGUCAACUUGGUUACUUCCAAUGUACCUGGUUCGUCGUCCUCACUAGUAAAUAUGAGAAAUCAAAUUCGAGCAUUAAUGACUGACCAAGGCUUGCCCAGUUUUUAUGUGACUAUAAAUCCCGCUGAUGUAUAUAAUCCAGUGGUU